AUUUUACCAUUCGUGUCGGAGCAGCGGGGGCGCGCGCCGGUCUGCGCUCGCUCGGCCUCAGUGCACUGUCGGAUAAUGUUAUAUCAACCGUGAAUUAACUUUUACAAAACGUCUGUCCGUAUUUUUGUUAGUGCCAGUGACAGAAAAACUGUUUCCAGUGAAAUGACACUUGCAACAAUGUCGAGUUAUUCAAAUCUUCGAACGUCCAAAAGUAGCUAGGAGUUCAAACGUCUGAAAACGGAAUUCUUUAACGAAGUAAAGGAGGCAGUAUGUACUCCACAUCGACGUUGUCGACGACGACGUCGGGGUCGGCCAUGUUGUCUGCGGAGCGGCGCGUCCGCGCGGUGCGGCUGCUGCGCCCGCGCAGGGCGGCGCCCGCGUUCGGCUUUUCCCUGCGCGGCGGCAAGGAGUACGCCACUGGCUUCUUCAUAUCCAAGGUCGAGUUGAACUCCGAGGCGCAUCUGCAAGGGUUGAAGGUUGGUGAUCAAGUGAUAAGUGUCAACGGGUACCGCGUGGAUGACGCAAUACAUGGCGAGCUGGUCCACUACAUCGCCAGCCAGUCCAGGCUCAAACUUAAAGUCAGACAUGUGGGCAUGAUUCCUGUUAAGGAGAAAGAGCACGAGAGCCUCUCGUGGCAGUUCACGUCGGAGCGAGCGUCGAUUACGUCGGAAGUGUCAUCGUCCCCCACACUCUGCCACACUACAGACCACUUGACAGAUCUUCGCCUCUCCAUACUAGUGCCGCCGCGAGCUAAGCUCGGAUGCGGGAUCUGCAAAGGCCCCGACUGGAAACCGGGGAUAUUCGUGCAGUUCAUCCGGGAGGGGGGGAUCGCACGCGAGGCUGGCCUCAGGCCCGGAGAUCAGAUCUUGUCGUGUAACGGCCUCGACUUUGGGAAUAUAUCGUUUAAUGACGCGAUAGCAGCGAUGAAGGUGAGCGGUCGUCUGGAGCUGGUGAUCCGCGAGGGCGCGGGCACCGAGCUGGUGUCUCCGGAGAGCUCGGGGUACAACAGCUCCGCGUCGUCAGCGGCGGGAGAACGGAGCCCCGCGCCCGCUGUCCAGGGGAUUCCCCUGGCGCCGCCCGCCGCGCUGCGACGCCGACUAGCCAGCGUCGCCGAGGAGGCCGCUGAUAGAGCUGAGAGAUUAACGAUAAAUCGAAUAAAACGUCGAACAUGGGACAAUUUGGACUUUAAUUGGAAACGCGACGAUGUUCACAACUUCGAUAUCCCGUCUGACAUAGAGCCAGACUACGACUGCCCCAGUAUACCAAACAACCCCCACACCUACGAGAACAAAGCGAAUAUUAAUGUAAAGCCCAAGGACUAUGAAAAUGUUAAAGGGUUGAACAGGACCAUAAUAAACUUGACCGAGGACGGAGCGACGAUACAAUGUAGCUACGACAACAACAACAACUCUAACUAUAAUAGGACGAGUCAUUAUUUACCAAACCGAACGACGCAAAGGGAGGAAGAGAAGAAGACGAUUUUCGUUGAAGUGCAUCACAUGGACUCAAAUUCUUAUUCUAAGACGCACUGCAGCUAUCCACCACCACCGAAGAAAGAAAUUGCGUGUGAUAAUACGAGCAUGAAUAGUUCUAAUUCGUUAUCUAGUGCCAUUGCAGAGGAGAUACAGAGAAGAAAAUUAAAUAAGAAAACGCCUGUACAAAACGAAGAAACCACAGUGACGAGCAAAAAACCCAACAUAACAAAAACAUUAGACACCGACCAAAAAAAACAUCACGAUGCCUUGAUGGAUGAGUUCAAGAAAGUCCAUAGGAAAAUGUUUUUAAACCAAGAACCUGAUGAAGCUACGAAUAUAAACGCUAUAGAAAAUAAUGUCAACACACCGGACCGCCAAGUUAACUCAAGUAUACGAAAGGAGAGUACAACGACAGAAUUAACGAAUGGAAAAGUAACUCCGACCAAAUGUGAGCUCGACCACAAGCCACCGCCCCCUCCGCCGAUGCCAGUUGAAAACGGAAAUUGUAAUGGAAACGGAGUAAACUCAAUUAAAGACGUGUAUGAAACUGAUGGACCGAUGAAAAUUCCUAACAUGAGGAAGGUGGCGACACUGACUAGAAUACCGACGCCCGACUACAGUAACAAAACCGACACUCUCACAGAUAAAAACGGCACCAAAACCACGAACGCAGAGGUGGAUUCAUUGGAGUCGUACAAGUUGAAGAACACUUCGAGCGUCCAUCCGAAACCGCCUUCUAAUUAUUUUGUUAGAGCUCCUAACGGUACCGAAACUAUGAAGAAGCACGCUCGACCGGUGUCCGUUACUAUCGGUCAGUACGUUAACAAUAUCGGAGGGAGAAAAGAACCGGCCAAACUCGAAUUUCUGAACGGAGAUAAGAAAAGUUGCCAUCAGAUCGCAGAAAAUGAACCCAUAUCGAGUAGACUGCAGUCAGAACUGGCGCUAACACUGUCGCGAUCGAAUCUGCGUAAAAAGACUGAAGCAUUAGAUCAUGCUUUAUAUAAAUUAGAGAGAGUAAACUUGAGUAAUGACAACUUUUAUGCUCGAUACGGAAAUAACAUAUUACCAUUACCGCCAUCUAUAACUAUUCCCAAAGUCUCUAAACUAAAACACUGAUCAGCUUUUCAAUCGUUGUUUCGUCUUACCCCUAAUAUGAUAGAAGAUACUAUAAUACUUAAUACAUAAAGUAUAUCAUAAAUAACGUAAGGAAUGGAAACCUAUUUUGGCAAGCCUUAUUUGAAUAUAAAUAAUUAUAAACCUACCCACCUAUAACUUUUUCGGUUUUUGGGCGGUUUUGUAACCAUUUAAAACUACACGGUUUUAUCUGUUAUCACUUUUGUUUAUAAAUAAGCACUUAAAAUACAUUAUUUUGUAAAUAACUGUGUGUGUGUAUAACUCGAGCUUGGUGUUAGGUAUACACUCUGGUGGUGGAACAUAAUAUUAUUAGAUAUUAUUAUAUUAGGCCUAGGCCUGGUUCGCAGUCAUUUAGGUAAAUGACAAACAUUUUGCAUUAUGGAGUAUGGACCAUGGUUGCACCCUUAUUAUUGCACCUAAGUUUUAAAGCCGAAUAAUUAAAAAAAAAUCAGCACUUGCCACUUUUAUAAGUUGUAAUUAUAUUGUAUCCAUUUGCCGAAGUUGUUUAAGAAAGUGUUGAAAAUUA